UAUAGUGAUACUGUAACUGCACAGAAUAUUGAUGCUCAUAAUUUUAGCGUAAUUUCCAACACUACAUCUGACACAAUUGUUUCCGAGAAUUUAGUAGGCAGACGAAUAGUGGAUAUAGCUUAUAUUUUUGAACAAAUAAAAAAAAAUCGUCAUAGUGGUGGUACUGAUUGUUCAUUUUUAGAUAUGAUAUUUAAAUCAGAAAUUAGAAACGGGUAUACUUCAAGUUUUAAAUUUCAAUGUCAAAUUUGUAGUAUUGAAAGUAUAAUUCAUUCAGAAAAUCCAAAAGAAUCAUACAUACCGAUUAACAAAUCUUUAGUUAAUGGUAGUAUCGCUGCAGGGAUAGGAUACGCACAGUUAACGGAGCUUUCUGCUUCAGUUGAACUACCUACUAUGUGCAAUACGACGUACAUAAAAAUGCAAAAUUGUAUUAAUUUGGUUGUACAAAAAACUGCAUGGAGUGAAAUGCAAAAGGCUGGAAACGAAGAACGACAGAUGGCAUUAGAAAAUGGUGAAGUUGACGUGGACGGUAUACCUAUGUGUACAGUUAUCGCUGAUGGCCAAUGGUCGAAACGUAGCUAUAAGUCCAAGUACAAUGCUUUAUCAGGAACGGCCACUAUUAUUGGGAAAAGAACCAGGAAAGUUUUAUUUGUAGGAAUAAGAAAUAGGUACUGUGUUGUUUGUCAAAGAGCAUCGAAUCGAAAUGAGAAACCAUCUGAACACGAA